UUCACGCCAUGCUCCGCAGAAUCCCGACGUUUAUACGCCCUCGCCCCUUCUCGGGCCUUCCUUUGUCCUCUGGAAACCGGGACGUCGCGGUGUCUGUGAGUGUGCUGCACGCGGCUCGGUCCGGAGCUGGCAGGACACAAAAUCAUAUCCAAAGACAUUUUGGCACCGGCAGCUCGAUCUAUAGCAAGAAAGAUAGCCAGUCUGUUCCAGCUAAUGAAAUUUCCCAGAAGGCAGCAGAGAGCCAAGACAAAGGAGAGGAGACUUCAAAGAAAGACCUGCUGGACAUUAUUAAGGACAUGAAAGUUGAACUGAGCACAGUCAAUGUACAAACAACAAAGCCACGUGGCAGGAAACCUUCCCGCAGUCUGGAGGCUAUAGUUAGCAGGCAUCACAGAGCUCCAGAAGAUCCUCCAGAGAAGAGAAAUGAGUUCCUGAGUCCUGAGUUGGUGGCAGCUGCGUCCGCUGUUGCAGAGUCUCUACCUUUUGACAAGCAGACCACCAAGUCCGACCUGCUCAAGCAGCUUCAGCAACAUGAGGAAGAGUCAAGGGCUCAGAAAGACAAAGAGAAACGCAGGAUUAGUUUCCGUCACAUCAUAUCAGAUAUGAAGAUUGCCAAGCCCACUUCCGUGAGACUUAGUACAAAACCAGAGCACCAGAUUCAGUUUGAUGAAGAGAUGGAAAGUUCUUCUCUUGACCAGGAGAAACCAGUUGACUGGAAAAAACGGAGAAGUAUAUUCAAGGGGAAAAGACUUUCAAUUUUUGACGUUAAGGCGUUUGCUGAUGAAGCACCCAAACCAGAAGCCUCGCCUUCUCUCUGGGAGAUAGAAUUUGCUAAGCAGCUGGCCAGAGUCAAUGAGCAGCCUUUGGGGAACGGAUUUGAGGAGAUGAUCCAGUGGACAAAAGAGGGCAAACUGUGGGAGUUCCCAAUUGACAACGAAGCCGGUUUUGAUGAUGAUGGCUCAGAGUUCCAUGAACAUAUAUUUUUGGAUAAGUACCUCGAAGGUUUCCCCAAGCAAGGACCAAUUCGCAUCUUCAUGGAGCUGGUGACUAAUGGCCUUUCGAAAAACCCAUAUCUGAGUGUUAAACAGAAAGUCGAGCAUAUAGAGUGGUUUAGAAGUUAUUUUAAUGAAAAGAGGGAUAUUCUCAGAGAAAAUAACAUAGAGUUGACUUAACAUCAUGAAGAAAUUUUUUAUUUAAACUGCUGAAGAUAUAUAUUAUAGCUAAAUAAAAUUUUUAUUAAAGUUG